AGGCCCUUUUUGCACAAGAACGUGUGUUUUUGUUGCGCUGCAUUUGUUUAAUUUUAUUUGUUAGAUUUAAACAAUUAUGUCGGCGCAAUACCAGAGAUUCCUAAAAGUACUCGAAAAGUGGCCAGCGGAGAAAUCGAAAGUCGGCAGCGAAGAGUGGGACGCAGAGCCGGCGGUCAAGAUGAGCGAGGCCAAGAUUAUAUCGGGCACAGCGGUGGCCAAAUCCAUUCGCGAGGAGCUGCGCAAUGAAGUGGCGGAUAUGGGAAAGCAAUUAGCGGACUUUGUGCCCGGGUUGAGGAUCGUUCAGGUGGGCGGACGUGAGGACUCCAACGUCUAUAUCCGCAUGAAGAUUAAGGCGGCCACCGAGAUCGGCAUCGAUGCCUCCCACGUCCAGCUGCCCCGAUCCAUCACCGAAUUGGAACUGCUCGAUAAGAUCAACGACCUUAACGAGGAUCCGCGAGUGCAUGGCAUCAUAGUUCAGAUGCCCCUGGAUUGCGACACUCCCAUCGAUUCGCAUCGCAUAACGGACGCAGUUUCCCCCGAAAAGGAUGUUGAUGGUCUGCACACGGUGAACGAGGGUCGGCUGGCCAUCGGCGACCUUGGGGGAUUCCUGCCCUGCACUCCGUGGGGCUGUCUGGAGCUCAUCCGUCGCUCUGGAGUGGAGAUCGCUGGAGCCAGAGCCGUGGUCCUCGGUCGCAGCAAGAUCGUGGGCACUCCCGCUGCCGAGCUGCUCAAGUGGGCCAAUGCCACGGUAACGGUGUGCCACUCGAAGACCCGGAAUCUGGAGGAGAUCACCCGCAGUGCCGACAUCCUGGUGGUCGGAAUCGGUGUGGCCGAGAUGGUUAAGGGUUCGUGGAUAAAGCCGGGUGCUGUGGUCAUCGAUUGCGGCAUUAAUGUGAAGCCAGACGCCAGCAAGGCCAGUAGCAGUCGGCUGGUGGGUGACGUGGACUACCAGGAGGCUCUUAAGGUGGCCGGGCAUAUAACACCCGUUCCCGGUGGCGUGGGACCCAUGACGGUGGCCAUGCUGAUGAAGAACACCGUGCGAUCGGCGGCUCGAUCGCUGAAGCGUCUGAUCAAGAGCGAGUGGAGCCUGCAGCCGCUGCCUGUAAAACCUCUUCGACCUGUGCCCAGUGACAUUGUGAUCGCCCGUGCCCAGAAGCCAAAGGACAUCGCAGUGCUGGCCAAGGAGAUUGGCCUUGAGUCGCGAGAGGUUUCUCUGUACGGCAACAAGAAGGCAAAGAUUGCUCUUUCGGUGCUGGAACGCCUGGCGGACAAGGAGGCGGGUAACUAUGUGGUGGUGGCCGGCAUGACACCCACUCCUCUGGGAGAGGGCAAGACCACCACGCUGAUGGGGUUGGUUCAGGCUUUGGGAGCCCACAGGCAGAGGAACACCAUGGCUGCCCUGAGACAACCUUCGCAGGGUCCAACUUUCGGCAUCAAGGGAGGCGCUGCUGGCGGUGGCUACGCUCAAGUGAUUCCCAUGGAGGAAUUCAAUCUCCAUCUCACCGGAGACAUCCAUGCGGUAUCUGCGGCUAACAAUUUGCUGGCUGCUCAACUCGAUACCCGCAUCUUCCACGAGAACACCCAAAAGGAUAAGGCUUUGUACGAUCGCUUGGUGCCCAAGAUCAAGGGUCAGCGGAAGUUCAGCCCCAUUCAGCUGCGUCGUCUCCAGAAAUUGGGAAUAACCAAGACGGACCCGGAUUCCCUGACCGAAGAGGAGUAUGGAUCCUUCGCCCGACUGGACAUCGAUCCGGAGACCAUAAUGUGGGAACGAGUGGUGGACAUCAACGAUCGGUAUCUGCGCAGCAUCACCGUUGGCCAAUCGCCCACCGAGAAGGGAAUUUCACGAGAGACCCGCUUCUCCAUUUCGGUGGCCAGUGAGAUCAUGGCUGUGCUGGCUCUUUCCCGUGGCCUGGAGGACAUGAAGCGUCGACUGGCCGACAUGGUGGUGGCCUUUGAUAAGAAGGGCAAACCCGUAACCGCUGAUGAUCUGGGAGUCACUGGCGCCUUGGCUGUUCUUCUCAAGGAUUCUCUGGAACCCAAUCUCAUGCAAUCCCUGGAGGGAACUCCAGUGCUGGUGCACGCCGGUCCCUUUGCCAACAUUGCACAUGGAUGCAACUCCAUCAUUGCUGAUGAAAUCGGUCUGAAAUUGGUGGGCAAGAAUGGAUUUGUCUGCACGGAGGCAGGAUUCGGUUCGGAUAUCGGCAUGGAGAAGUUCUGCAACAUCAAGUGCCGCACUUCCGGACGCAAACCGAACGCCAUGGUGUUGGUAGCCACCGUUAGGGCCAUCAAGAUGCACGGAGGUGGUGCACCCGUCACGCCAGGAGCUCCCUUGAACAAGCAGUACACCGAGGAGAAUCUGGAGCUGUUGGAGAAGGGUCUGCCCAAUCUACUGCAGCACAUUGCCAACGGAAAAGCCUUCGGCAUGCCCGUGGUGGUGAGUCUGAAUGCCCACUCAGCUGACACUCCAGCGGAGCACGAGCUGGUCAAGAAGGCGGCUCUGGAGGCGGGAGCCUUUGCGGCCGUGGUGUCCACCCAUUGGGCGGAUGGUGGAGCCGGAGCCGUGGAGCUAGCCGAUGCGGUGAUCAAGGCCUGCGAGCUGGGCAACCAGUUCCGAUUGCUGUACGAUCUCGAGCUGCCGCUUCUGGACAAGAUGAACAAGAUCGCGACGACCAUGUACGGCGCAGGAAAGGUGGCACUCGCUCCAGCGGCUGAGGAGAAACUCAAGCGACUGGAAGAGGCGGGCUUUGGCAACCUUCCCAUCUGCAUGUCCAAGGUGUCCGGUUCUUUCACCGGUGAUGCCAAGAUCAAGGGCGCUCCCAAGGGUUUCAUCCUCGAUGUGGAGGAUGUAUACGUUUCCGCCGGAGCCGGUUUUGUGGUAGCCAUGUGCGGAGAGGUCACCAAAAUGCCGGGUCUUCCCACUAGACCGGCAAUAUAUGACAUCGAUCUGAACACGGAAACCGGAGAAAUCGAGGGUCUGUUUUAGACAAUGGACAAAAUUAACGCUUGGGAUCAGGAUUACGAGUAUAUUCCGGAUAAUUCCAAAAGCAUUUGCAUAUUUAAAUUCCAAAUUUGUAACCAAUUAUUAGAUUCAACAUGUACAUAUAUAAAUUGAUAUAGUUUUAAGUUUUAAGAUUGGCGGUACCAAAAUAAAUUUUUUCUAUAUUGA